CAUCUGCUUCACUCGACGAGCUCGGUCGAGUCUCAUCGCGAGCUCCUCCGCGCAGACUCGCUGUAUCCUCCCGAGUCCCGAGAGCCGAGCCAAGCCGAGCCGAGCAUCCGUGCGCUCACACGGACACAUGCAGACCGCAGCCCGCGGAGCAGCCGCGGUUCGUGGGUGAUUCUAACCUCCGUAAGUCCGCUCCGUGGACGUGAAGUGACCGCAGCUCAGCGCGCGCUCUCCUCUCAUCUUCUCCGCUUCAUCCUCUGCCUCAGUCAGACACAAAAUGGCGGACAUGAUCGAGCUGGGACCCGCCUACGCCAUGUCCCCGGUGCUGGCGGGUUUCCUGGGAGCUGGGGUCCUGGUUUUGGUCGUGGUGGUUCUGGUUCUGCUCUGGUCCUUCUGUCAGCGGCGUUACCUACGCGUCUCCGGACGCUACAAGUUGCAUGGUGACCGUUACUGCGAUGCCGAAGACCCGCCCUACAAGUUCAUCCACAUGCUCAAGGGCAUCAGCAUUUACCCAGAAUCCCUCAGCAGCAGCAAGAGAAUCGUACGUGGUAUUCGACGUGCUGACCGCUCCGACCGUGAUGGAGAGCGAGGCUGCAGCGCCACUGGAGGCGGGCGGGGAAUGGUGCUGGUGGACGCUGAGAACAACAUUCUGGAUGUACCGGGGCAGCUGCAGAUGAGCCACCUGGUUCCCCCCGCCGGCCCCGGCACCACCAUCGGCCAGGCACGGCUGGAGCGGGCCCUGCCAGUCCGCGCUGACUACUGCUGCCUGGACAGCAGCUCCGCCAGCAGCAGCCAGACCAGCAGCAAGACGGCGUCCCCCUUCACCCCGGCGUCCUCCGAGCCGGAACCGGAGCCCAGUCUGGGCACCAUCAGCCUCACCGUCGACUACAACUUCCCUAAGAAGGCCCUGGUGGUAACUAUCGUUGGGGCGCGGGGCCUCCCUGCCAUGGAUGAGCAGGCGGGCAGCUCCGACCCAUAUGUGAAAAUGACCAUCCUGCCAGAGAAGAAGCACCGGGUCAAGACCCGCGUGCUGAGGAAGACCCUGGACCCGCUGUUUGACGAGACCUUCACCUUCUACGGCGUGGCCUACAGCUCGCUGCCUGAGCUCACCCUGCACUUCCUUGUUCUCAGCUUCGACCGCUUUGCCCGCGAUGAUGUCAUCGGUGAAGCGGUGGUGCCGCUGAAGGGCGUAGACCCGAGCACGGGCCGAGUCCACCUGAGUCAGCAGAUCACUAAGAGGAACAUGCAGUGUGAGAGUCGUGGGGAGCUGCUGGCGUCUCUGUCCUACCAGCCUGUGUCUCAUCGUCUCAGCGUUGUCGUGCUGAAAGCACGACACCUUCCCAAGAUGGACAUGACUGGCCUGUCAGCGAACCCAUACGUGAAGGUGAAUGUCUUCUAUGGACGUAAGCGCAUUGCCAAGAAGAAGACCCAUGUGAAGAAGUGCACGCUGAACCCGGUCUUUAACGAGUCCUUCAUCUACGACAUCCCCCCGGAACUUCUGCCCGAGAUCUCCGUGGAGUUUCUGGUGGUGGACUUCGACCGCACCACCAAGAACGAGGUGCUGGGCCGCCUGCUGCUCGGCCUCCACAGCCCUGCCCCCUCUGGCGCCUCCCACUGGAGGGAGGUGUGUGAAAACCCCCGCCGCCAGAUCUCCAAAUGGCACAACCUGAGCGAGUACUGAGGGGGCGGAGCCUCUGCCACGGAACACCACGACGACAUACAGACUCUGUACAGCACACACACGCACACACACACGUAAUAUACACACUAACACACAUGUAUAUACACACACACACAGUUGUGAUCAUGGUUAAAAUCUAUAUCUCUCUCUCUCUCUCUUUCUCUCCCUCUCUCUCUCUCCUGUAUGAAUCCUGUUUGUUUAUUUUAGUUGAUUUCAGAUAAACAAACAGAAGUUGUUUUUAUUCUCAGACGUGUGUGGGCGGGGACUAAACGCUGCAGUAGAAAACGUUCCCAUGUUGUUGUUGUUGUUGUCGUUGUUGUUGUUGUUGUUGUCAUGCAGUUCACCGCAUGUUUGUCUGAGCUGAGCUGCUGACAGGAAGAAGAAGACGACGUGAAAACAUCGGUAACGCCGCUUUAACUCAGCGCUAACUAACCCGCGCUCACACGCCCGGCAGCAUGCUCGCCCACAGCGUGGCUCUGACUCCGCCCACACGUGGGAAUGUCACCGUCUCCUGAAGUCAUCAGGACCCUCUGACUCCGCCCCCUUACACCGCCGCCGCCUGUUGAGUAUUUAUCAAACUAAUAUAACAGAAUAUGAAAGAAGGACCGGGUCAAAGGUCGUGGCCAUGUGAUCCAGCAGAGGGUGCCCCCUCAUGACCCGUGCAGACUGGCGGUGGUGGCCUUGAAGCUUGAGUGUGUUUGAGCGCCCCCUGCUGUUCAUUCAGAUGCUAACCUCUGUGUUGGGAUUGUUAACGUGCAAAUAAAAACAAAGUUAGUCCCAAGA